AUGAAAUUAAAUGAAGAAAAAAAUAAAAGUCCAAAACCCCAAAUGGAACCAAAAAACAUUUCUCAUAAGAUGAAGAAAUUGCAUCAUAUUUUGAAUAACCCAAUUAUAGAUAUAAAUGAAUUAAAAAAUAUUUUAUGGGGGGGAAUAACAUGUGAAGUCCCCUUUAUUAUACGAGAAAAAUGCUGGAAAUUAGCACUUGGGUAUUUACCAUUAAAUAGAGAAGAUACAGAAAAAGUUUUAAAAAAAAAACGAGAUGAAUAUGAGAAUUUAGAAAAACAAUAUUAUAACAAAAACAAAUUAUCAGAAGAUGAAUUAAAAAUAUUAAGACAGAUAAAAGUAGAUAUUCCUAGAACCAAAUCAUGUUAUAAUAUAUUUAAUAAUAAUAAAAUACAGCAAUUAAGUGAACGUGUGUUAUUUAUUUAUUCUGUUAGACAUCCUGCAUGUGGAUAUGUCCAAGGAAUAAAUGAUUUAAUAACACCAUUUUUGAUAGUUUUUUUAAGGCCUAUAAUUUUAAAGAAAGAAAUAAAUUCUGAUGAUAUUGAUAAUGUUUCAAACGAUGAAUUAAAAAAUGUUGAAUCCGAUUUAUAUUUUUGCCUUUCUAAAUUAUUAGAACAAAUUCAAGAUAAUUAUACCUUUGGACAACCAGGAAUACAAAGAGCUAUAAUCAAAGUUAAAGAAAUUGUCAAAAGAGUUGAUAAAUCUUUAUUUAAUCAUAUUUAUGAUAAUAAUAUAGAUUUUAUUCAAUUCUCAUUUAGAUGGGUAAAUUGCCUAUUAUUACGAGAGUUCCCAAUUGAUAUAUCUAUAAGGUUGUUGGAUACAUAUAUUAGUGACAUAUCUGAUAUUUUUACAGAUUUCCAUCCAUAUAUAUGUGCUGUUUUUUUAGUACAUUGGUCUAAACAUUUAAAGCAAAUGGAUUUUCAACAAAUGCUAUUAUUUAUGCAACGUUUCCCAACACAAAAUUGGAAAAUUCAAGACAUCGAAUCAAUCUUAUCAGAAGCUUUUGUUUUAAAAAAUGCUUUCCAAUCGUCUCCGAAGCAUUUCUCUUAG